GUUAUGAGUUUAAAGGUUGUGAAGCGAGGGACGUUUGAAAUUCAACAAGCGACUAUUGGCGUCGUUUGGAUCUUCAUUCUCGACUUCCAUCUAUACCGCUUCUUAAUAGUAUAUAUAUUAUAGACCAAAACGAGUGGUGGUUGAAUCGGAAUUGCAAACGUCUAAAAUCGAGCUGGACUUUUCGACUUGUAUCUGAUGUACGGCCUCCGUACACAUUUUCAAACUAUAGCUGCUAGCCACUGAGGCUCGGCUAACGUCACCUCACUUGUCAGCGAGCUUUUCGGGAGUUGUUUCCAUCGCAGUGCAAUAUUGUAUUUAGACUAUGGAGACUGCUGCUAGGCUGAGAGUACUGAACGAGCCGAAGGCCCAAGGACACGACGUGAAGCUAGGUGAUGCUGGCCCUAUGCGAAUUCCCGUGUCCCACCGGACGCAGACAGUGCCAAAGGUUUUAGGUCCCCCAUCCCAACAACCGCCACACGUUUUGGGUGUGUCAAAUGGACCUCAGCGGAUUGUGCAGUCCAUGACCCGCCACAAGUCCGCCACUCACAUCUCUGUUGCCGCCAAGCACAAUUCUUCUGCUGAUGAGAAUGUCAAGCCCGCUACCACAAAUCCAGCAGCCCAGCCCAAACCUGGUUUCCAGUACAGCCAACAGAAGACGAAUGAGCCUAAGGUGAACCCAGCAGUGACAAAAGCUGCCGUGGGGCCUGCUAAACCGACAGUGGGACCUGCCAAACCUCAGAUGCAACAGAGCAAACCAGCCAAGAAAGAUUCUGCAGACAAGACAGCGUCAAAGAAGCAGUGGAGUCUGGACAACUUUGAAAUUGGUCGCCCGCUAGGCAAGGGUAAAUUUGGCAACGUCUACCUGGCCAGAGAGCGAGAGACCAAGUUCAUCCUGGCCUUGAAAGUGCUCUUCAAGAAGCAGCUGGAGAAGGCUGGCGUGGAGCACCAGCUGAGGAGAGAAGUGGAGAUCCAGUCUCACCUCAGGCACCCCAAUAUCCUGCGCCUGUAUGGCUACUUCCAUGACGAGUCCCGUGUGUAUCUCAUCCUGGAGUAUGCACCCAAAGGCGAACUCUUCAGUGAGCUGCAGCGCUGCGGACAUUUCCCCGAAGUGCAAAGUGCAACGUACAUCAUGGAGCUGGCGGACGCCCUCAACUACUGUCACUCCAGAAAGGUGAUCCACAGGGACAUCAAACCUGAGAACCUUCUACUGGGGGCCAACGGAGAGCUGAAGAUUGCGGACUUCGGGUGGUCUGUUCACGCGCCCUCCUCCAGGAGGUCAACUUUAUGUGGAACACUGGAUUAUUUGCCCCCGGAAAUGAUUGAGGGAAGAACUCAUGAUGAGAAGGUUGACCUGUGGAGUCUCGGCGUGCUUUGCUACGAGUUCCUGGUUGGAAAACCCCCGUUUGAAACCAGAUCCCACGAGGACACCUAUCGUAGGAUAUCCAGGGUGGAGUACACAUACCCCGCCCAAUCCAACAUCGGUGCCGGAGCCAAAGAUUUAAUCUCUCGGCUGCUGAAGCACAACCCUGCACACAGACUGCCCAUCCAUGGAGUUCUCAGCCACCCUUGGGUGCUUCAAAACUCCACCAAGAAGCCCACUGAACUCAAAGACCAAUGAACGUCUUUUGAGGACGAGGCAACCACUAACAAAUCAUUUCAUGCUGUUUUUUUUUCUUCCUGCAACUUGAGCUAUUGCACACACACACACACACACAACUGCCCCCCCACACACUCUUGCUGUAAAUAUUAGAGGAUUUGUGUUUAUGCAUUUGUUGUACAAAUUUUACUGAAAUACUAUUACUUGAAUAAAAAUUGUAAUUAUU